AUGUUCGCGAUAACGAAAUCGUCUUUACAAUCAACAGCAACAAGCUGUCUCUCAAAAACCCCAAUUCUCGUUCGACAACUUGGAACUCACGCCCAAGCCACCCGAAAAGAAGGAGACAUCUCCUCCGUCUUCAUGUCACUCUCGGGAGUCACUCCGGAACCACUACCGCAACGGUUCGCAGAUAUAAAACGCCAAUUGAUCCAAGGGAAUGAAGGUGCUGUCGCUACUAGCUGGAAGCGGUUACUCGAGCAAUUGGCAGUAGAAAACGAGAUAGUGAAGCAACGAGGCCCAGACAUCAUCCCACAGAUCCAAUUCAAGGACCUCCAAAACCCAUCCCAGGAAUUCAUCACAGAUAUAAAGAAACGAGGUGUAGCAGUUAUUCGAGGUGUCGUUCCGGAAAAUGAAGCGCGGGGGUAUAAGAAUGAAGUCGAGGAAUAUGUGAAGUUGAAUCCCUGGACGAAAGCAUUCCCCAGCAACGACCCCCAAGUCUUCGAGCUCUACUGGUCACCACCCCAAGUCCGCGCCAGAGCCCACCCAAACCUGCUUUCCGCCCAAACAUCACUCAUGAACAUCUGGCACUCCACCAACAAGAACGCCUUAAUCUCCACCUCCCAACCCCUCGCCUACGCCGACCGCGUCCGCAUUCGGAAGCCAGGGGACAGCCAGUUCGCACUAGGACCGCACGUCGACGGCGGGAGCGUCGAGCGCUGGGAGCCAAACGGCUAUGGCUUGGGCGGGGUGUACGACAAGAUCUGGCAGGGGAGGUGGGAAGAGUUUGAUCCGUGGGAGUCUGGCUCGCGAGUCCCAGUUGUGAGCGACAACUACCAAGGCUCGGGAUCUUGCUCCAUGUUCAGGAUGUUCCAGGGCUGGCUGGGACUCUCGCAUACGGCUCCCAAUGAAGGGACGCUGAUGGUGAACCCGCUGCUGCAGCUUGCGACUGCCUAUUUCUUGCUACGGCCGUUCUUCGAGCCUGUCAACCCCUUCGGCUCUGGACGGAAGGAGUAUUUGCAAGCCGGGAAUUGGAAAUUGAAGGUUGGAGAGGAGAUUUCUACGGCGCUGCAUGGAGCGAGUCCUGGCCACGGACAAGAGCUCAACGAUGCAUUGCAUCCGCACCUUGAUCUCAGUUCUUCUAUGGUCCAUGUUCCUAAGAUCACGCCUGGGGAUUAUGUGGUUUGGCAUUGUGAUACUAUCCACGCCGUGGACAAGACACACGCAGGGAAAGGGGAUUCGAGUGUGAUGUAUAUCCCAGUGUGUCCUACAACAGAAGCCAACGCAGAAUACCUUGCACGACAGCGAGAUACCUUCCUUGAAGGUUACCCGGGCCCAGACUUUCCAGGUGGAAAAGGAGAAUCUGAACAUGCUGGGAGGCCCGGUGCAGAUGUUGUUGCACAAAACGGGGGUGAUCAGGCGCUGAGAUCAAUGGGUCUGUCGAAAUUGAGAAAGAUGGAUUGGGAAAAGGGGACUGAUGCCGAGAAGGUCAUUCAGAAGGCUAAUCAGGUGCUGGGAUUUGCAUAG